UCUAUCUUCAGAUUUGUUUAGGAUGGUUGUCCAGAGGGUCCCAGGCUGUCGUGGUAAGUAGAUAAAGAAGAAGAUUGAUAAGUUAGGUGUGAGGUCACCUCUACUUGGGCAGUCAUGUGGCCGUACGUGUCGAGUCGUCCCCCCAGCGCGCGCGCACGCGGCGCAUCCCCGCUACGGCGACUAUAAAAGACAUCGCCCAAACCUGCCGCGCGCUAUUACAACAGUGACUCUGUGAUUUUUCCCGCCGCGUUAUUUAUUUAAAUCAACAAAUAAAGAUGCAGGCGUGGUUGUUGGUGGCGUGCGCGGCUGCGCUUGCGACGCUUGCCGUUGCUCAGAAGCCCGGUCGUUUCCUCUCACUACCUAACCCCCAGAAAUGCGCUAGCAGACCCAAAGAGUUCUUCUACAGAGGUCAUAACUACUUCUUCAGCGGUCACGUGCCCGCCCUCGCCAACAGGAAGGUCGACUGGCUAGACGGCCGUAACAUCUGCCGCGAGUACUGCAUGGACUUGGUAUCCAUGGAGACACAGGAAGAAAACAAUCUGAUCUUCAAACUCAUCCAGCAAAAUGAUGUACCAUACAUUUGGACGUCGGGUCGCCUCUGUGACUUCAAGGGAUGUGAAAACCGCAAAGACUUGGAACCCAAGAACGUGUUCGGUUGGUUCUGGUCCGCGAACCGUGACAAGCUGUCUCCUACCAACCAGAUCCCCAACGGCUGGGGCUACAACCCAUGGUCUCAGACUGGCCACAAGAAGCAACGCCAGCCUGACAACGCUGAGUUCGACAUCAACGGUACUUCCGAGUCCUGCCUCAGCAUCCUCAACAACGUGUACAACGACGGUAUCGCGUGGCACGACGUCGCCUGUUACCACGAGAAGCCCAUCGUCUGCGAGGACUCCGACGAGCUCCUCAACUACGUCGCCAGCACCAACCCCGGCCUCCGCCUGUGAUAACACACCACCAAACUAUACAGUCAUUAUACUCAAAAACAUCUCCGUACUAAAAGCUCUUAAUGCAAGACUUUUGCCGUUAACUGAGCGAGACGCUGCUACAUCCAGAGAAGCGUGCUAUCUCGCUUUCACGACAACAGUCUUGCUCUAAAAGUUCAUGGUACAGGCCCAGUUCUAAACCUCGAUGCUAACACAACUCGCUAACAGUUAGUAACAAAAACGAAUUUAAGGUUUACUUAGAUUAGGUCGGUUCUAACAGGCCACACCGCAGGUAGCACAUCUACAUCAUAUUUAUUAAGCACCCGCACAUGAGGACUUGCCAUAACUCCCCGGCAUCACUUCACACUGCCCGUCCGUCGUACAAAUGUUGUACAGUACAUUAAUUUAAGACUUAAGUAAGUUUAUUUUACCUAAGGGAAUUUCUAUUUGUACAUAAAAAUAAAUAAAUUAGAAAAAAAUUAA